CGUCGUCUAAUAAAUUCUCCUAGUAAGCUUGAAUUAGGCAAGAUCAAAAGAAUGUUGUGGCUGAGUAAGGAGGAGUUCGAAAGAUCGCUGCAGCAUUGCUAAAUUUGAUUCAAAAGAUUCUCCAUCAGGCAAGGCAGUUCUUCUCACAAAGUUACAAGCAACAUAGAAAACAAUCUCACAAUGAAACUUUCAGCUACAACCCUAAUCUUUUCCAUCUCUUUGACCUCCUUGGCCACAAAGGGUCACGCCAUCAAUGCCUGGGAUUGGGCCCCAUCGGUUGCCUUCCUCUCCAACUUGGAUGAAGCCAAUGGAUGGGGAUUCUGCCCAGACAUCACUGGAUUCGAAGACUCCUUUGGUUGUGAUCUGUUGCAGGUCCAUCCCUGCAAGGAAGUUGGUACUGACACGCAGUGGGAGUAUGAUCCCACCACCAAGACACUGAGCCCUUACAACUACAAGACUGGUUGGUGCAGCGAUGAUGCGACUCGAGCAUGUCUAGCUGCUGCAUCCCUUACAGAGAGUAGCACCGUUGUAUUGUCAGCCUGUGACCAAUCCGAUGAGCAAACCUUUACUCUCACUGCAGACGACUAUCUGCAAGUUGGCGGUGGGAGCAAUCUGUGCUUGGGUGCUGGAGAUGAUCAAAGAUCUUCAGGAGGAUUGUACGUACGCGACUUCAUCUUGCGAGAUUGCUCUACCACAGACCCAAUUUAUUUGCAGUACGAAAUCAAGGAUGCCGAUGGGAAUCUCUUGACUGGUGUAGAUACUUCUACCUUUAGCCCACCACCCACCCCAACCCCUGAUGAGAAUGCUUCCAACAUGGAAACUCCACCGAAUGAGCAAAACAACGGAGAUCGUCCUCCUCCGCCCGAUGGUGAAAAUGGUUCGCCUCCUCCACCCCCUGGAGAUGGCGAAUCACCGCCUCAGAACGGAGAUGGUGAUGUGACCCCCCAUGCCGGCAACGAGACUAAUGUUUUGGAAAGUGCAUCUUCUUCCACGAAUAUCUAUCUCUCCUCAGCUGUUGCAGUUUUGGGAAUGGUUUUCUCUUUUCUAUCAUAGAUUACACAAGCUGAAACUUGGCUUUUUAUCAAGAAAUGUUGGGGAAUGGUAAUGACAUCCAACCCUUGAGUACAACCAACCUCGUUUUUGCAACGCUAGACCAUGCGUUAGAUUUGUUUUCAUGAUGUGCUGCAGCAAACGGAGACAUAGGACUACUGCUUCUGUCCAGCUGGGUGUGAAGACAGGAUUUCCCAGUGAUAGCUAAUUUCCAACGUUGCUGUCAGCACGGUCUGCGAUAUGGUUUGGCAACCAGACAGGUCAAUUCUUUCAUCAUGAUAUGCCAGCAUACCGGUACCAGUACAC